GGGGUUCUUAAAUAGGAAUAAAAUCGUCACGUAAUGCUUGAAUGGUCCCAAUUAUCACUAAAAAUUGCACCAAAACCUCGAAAUCGAUGCGAAAACGACUGAAAAAACAAAACAAAAAACAAAUCUCAAGACAUUUGGACGCGACUCGAGUGGACACACAUUAAUGGCCGAAUCGGUGGCGCCGUUCGGGCGACAACUUCAGCAGUUGGCGGCCCUUCAGGACGGCUCACAUCUGAUCCAAUUGCGGCAAUGGAUGACAGAGUCGGCCAACGUUUACGCCGACGUCCUCUCACUCGCCGAUCACCUGUUGGUCUCAAAUCCGAAACUGUCGGGCAUUAAGUCAUCGCUUCCCUAUGUGGUCGUCGAACAGUUCCAGCAGUUCGUGAAGAACUCGCCCAACGGUUCCCAACUGGCGGCUCAACUCCUGACCAAAAGCGUACGCAAACGGGCGCUGAGUUUCGCGCUGAAGAGGAAUAACAAGACGUGGCUCGACAUCAUCGCCGAUGUCUACCACAUAACGACACUCGAAGUGACGGAUCUGCUCGAUAUUAUACAACACCUGUUGGCCGACAAUAAGUUCUUCGAGGCCUCGCUUCUGGUCAUUAAGUGUGAACUGAGAGAUCACUUCGAUAUCAAAGACCUGUUGGUUCCGCUUCUGCUGCAGGAUAAGCUAACAGUAGUGGACGACUACAUCCGCGGCCACGAGAAGACACACGGCUUUGAAUUCAUAAAGUUUUUGGACAAAUGUUUUGCCGACCGGAGUGUCGGCGACCCGUUUGCCGACCGCAUUCCCGGCGCCCGCAGAGACAAACUCGAGCCCAAAGCGCUGGAAAAACUGGUCACUCGUCUGCUUAAACAGCACGGCGUCGAUGAGACCGCCUGUCCUCACAUCGUUGCCCAACGAAAUGUUAGACAACUUAGAUAUCUUCUCUAUAAGAGAUACCGCGAAAGUGGCUUUUCCGACGGCUCGUGGUCUGAGAUUAUCAUCAAUACGGUCGCAGACAAUAAGCCGCUUCAAGAAGAGCUUAUCUAUCAGAUUGUGGGUUUUAGGGACCCA